AUGCCGUGGAACAAUAUCAGAAACAGAAAGGUGGCUCUGGGUCUAGGAGCUGCCAUUAUGGCGGUAAGAUCGACUAUGUUCACAGUUGACGGCAGGCAGAGAGCUGUUCUUUUCGACCGAUUCAACGGAGUUCUCGAAGAACCUAUCGGAUAAGGGACACAUCGUAAGAUUCCGUGGGUGCAGAAGCCUUAUAUUUUCGACAUUCGGACCACGCCUUACCUAAUCGAGUCCGACACUGGAACUAAGGAUCUUCAGAUGGUCAACCUCACACUUCGUGUUAUGUUCGGCCCUGAUGUUUCACGCCUCCCGUACAUAUACCAAAACUUAGGCCUCAACUACAGCGACAAGGUCCUACCAGCGAUCGGAAACGAGGUGUUGAAAGCUGUGGUGGCUCAGUUCAACGCGGAAGAGCUCUUAACAGAACGUCCACAGGUCUCGGCUCUUAUACGCGAAACGCUGAUCAAGCGAGCAAGGGAAUUCAACAUUGUCCUCGAUGACGUGUCCAUCACAGAUCUCUCCUACGGUAAAGAGUUCUCGCGUGCGGUAGAGCGGAAGCAGGUGGCGCAGCAGGAAGCUGAGUGGUCCAAGUUCUUAGUGGCCAAGGCUGAUCAGGAGAGACGAGCGGCUGUGAUUAGAGCCGAGGGAGAGAGCGAGUCGGCUCGGGUUAUAUCGAAAGCGACUGCAGAUGCUGGGAUGGGGUUGAUCGAGCUUAGAAGGAUCGAGGCGGCUAGAGAGAUUGCGGUCACUCUCUCUACGUCCCCCAAUGUUGUCUAUUUGCCGACUGGUGGGAAUAUGUUGUUUGCAAUGAACGGUCCGAGUCCAUGACCUUGACUACUUUUUGGUUGACUUGGCUACUUGAAUUAAUUGCAAAAUCAGGGUGUUUGAUUAUUAUAGGUUUGGAUUUGUUGAUCAAACAAAACAAAUUGUAGGUUUGG